AUGACCACAAAGCAGGAGGAGCUAAACCUCUUGCUGGCAAAGCUGGAUUUGGCCUUCGAAAAGAAGGAAAGAGACGAAAAGUCGGGAGAUAAAUCAGUAAUAAACACGCUGGACGUUGAACUCGACCACGAUAAGGUGGUGAGCGGGGUGAAGAGUUUAAUGUCGAAGGGGUACGUCACACUGGAGGAACACAAAGCAAACUUUUACAUUUUGACGGAAGAAGGAGAACUUUACGCAAAACAAGGCUCACCAGAAUAUCUGUUGGUGGAGUAUGUGAAGAACAACAAAGACGUUUCUCUCGACACAGCAGUUAGCAAUGUAAUUAAUGGGAGCAUAGGCCUAAAAAAGGCCAUGAAAGAUAAAUACCUGGCUCUGGAUAAGGAUAAAAAGUUAUCCCUGGGAUCAAAUCACCCAGAGUACGAUGUAACAAAAUCGAUUCUGUUUAACAUAAUAACGUAUGGGAAAAACGAAGAGGAGUUGAUGUCAGAAUUGAAUAAAAUGUUUGAAAACAGCAAGAAGAUGGAAGGAGAGCUUUCUGACCUGAAGAAGAGAAAGUUGUUUACGACGAAAUCGGCAGUAUACUACAAUUUGAGAAGAACAAACGAGUAUAAAUCGUCAGUAGGAUUCCAGAUAACGGAUUUGACAAUGGAGCUGCUGGAGACAGGAAAGUGGCAGGAAGCAGGUAAGAUUGAAGUUAAAAUGGUGCGCUCAGAGUUUAAAAAGUACAACUUCUUCUCAAGCGGCAAGCGAGUGAACGCCGGAGACUUGCACCCGCUGGUGCACUCAAUGUACGAGUUCAGAAGAAUACUGACCUCGAUGGGAUUUCAAGAGUUGGACACGAGCAGGUACCUGGAGUCGAGCUUUUGGUGUUUCGACGCAAUGUACAUACCGCAACAGCACCCAGCGAGAGACACGCAGGACACGUUCUUCCUGAGAGACCCUGAGAGAGUUGAUGUUAAGUUCUUUGACCCAAAUCACGUGGAAGAUGUGAGAGCAGCACACGGAAACGCUGCCAAAUUCAACAGCACAGGAUGGCAAUACGAAUGGAGCUUGGAAGAGUCGAUGAGAACAGUGUUAAGAACACACGUAACGCCCUGUACAGCCAGGAAGCUGAAGCAGAUAGCAGAAGAUCACCAGAAGGGAAUACCGAUACAGCCCUGUAGAUACUUCGCAAUCGAUAAGGUGUUCAGAAAUGAAGCAACAGAUUCGACACACCUGUGCGAGUUCCAUCAAGUGGAAGGGUUCGUCGUUGGAUUUGACUUGGGACUGGCAGAUCUGAUAGGGAUCAUGGAAACGUUUUACGGGGCAAUAGGAAUUAGUCCGCUGAAAUUUAAGCCAGCAUACAACCCAUACACGGAACCGUCGAUGGAAAUAUUCGGAUUCCACAAGCUACUUAACACGUGGAUAGAGGUGGGAAACAGCGGAAUUUUUAGGCCGGAAAUGUUACUGCCUAUGGGAUUGCCGGAAGACUUGACUGUCAUAGCAUGGGGACUAUCCCUGGAGAGACCAACGAUGGUAAACAGCAACAUAAGAAACAUAAGAGACCUGAUAGGAUGUAAAUAUUAA